AAUGACUUCAUUUUUAAAAUAAAACAUCUUUUCUUCUUAAAACACUGAACAACCACCAUAGACUGGCCAGGUCAUUUAAUUAAACCAGCAAAUAUGCUUUUAGAUUGUACUUCUUAAGAGGUAUGUUUAUCAAAAUUUAAAUAAUUUUUAGGUUGUGAUAAUAGAUAGCUCACCUAAUCAUAAUA